GACCUCCACAAAGCUGAAAGGCCAGUUUGCCAGGUCGCCAUUUUGAUUUAUCGGCUGAUCACGGGCAAGAAUCCUUUGUUUCCAGUUUGGCCAUUUUUAAGACAACUCAACACGUUAGCAGUAAGUCAGCACCAUAAACCGAAAUGGACGAGAGAAGCGAUGACGUCGCUAUGGACGAUCUGUCGACUGUUCACCCUGGGGACAAGACAAGCAGCAUCAAGAAAUUAGACAUGGGAAGGCAUGACAACAACGAAAGGGACAUUCCACGCGAGGAAAGGGUUGGAAUAGAAUCUGACCAUCCUCCAGCACAGGGUCGAACAGAGCAGACGGACAGGCUUGCGGCGAAACGUACUGUGGACAGUCGCUUUGAGUGUACGGAAUGUGGCUAUAGGGCAGCCUUUAGGUCUCACCUAUUGAUACACGCGAGAAAACAUGCAGGUGACAAACCCUAUAAAUGUGACCAAUGCGACUAUUCUGCUACACAGAAAGGAAAUUUAGACCGACACAUGGCUAAGCACACCGGAGAAAAACCCUACAUGUGUGGAGAGUGCGGAUAUAGGACGGCUGACAGGUCUGCCUUAACCGUACACAUGAGAACACAUACAGGUGUGAAACCUUAUAAGUGUGACCAGUGCGACUAUUUUACUACACGGAAAAGCAAUUUAGACCGACACAUGGCUAAACACACCGGAGAAAAACCCUACAUGUGCGGAGAGUGCGGAUACAGGACGGCUGGCCACACUACCUUAACCAGGCACAUGAGAACACAUACAGGUGAGAAACCCUAUAAAUGUGACCAGUGCGAAUAUUCUGCUGCAAUGAAAGGCAAUUUAGAUCAACACAUGGCUAAACACAACAAACCCUACAUGUGUGGGGAGUGCGGAUACCGGACGGCUAUCAGAUCUAACCUAUCCGUACAUAUGAGAACACAUACAGGCCAGAAAUUUAACAAGUGCGACCAGUGCGACUAUUCUACUGCACAGAAAAGCCAUCUAGACGACCACAUAGCUAGACACAACGGAGAAAAACCCUUUAUGUGUGGAGAGUGCGGAUACAGAACUGCUCGCAAGUCCGACUUAUCUCGACAUAUGAGAACACAUACAGGCGAGAAACCUUAUAAGUGUGACCAAUGUGCUUAUUCUGCUGCACGGAAAGGACAUUUAGACCGACACAUUGCUAAACAUAUUGUAGAACUGAAAACCCCUAUAAAUGUGACCAGUGCGUCUAUUAUGCUGCAAUGAAAGGCAGUUUAGAUCAACACAUGGCUAAACACAACAAAACCUUCAUGUGUGGAUACAGGACGGCUAUCAGAUCUAACCUAACCGUACAUAUGAGAAAAAAAAAACAGGCGAGAAACCCUACAAGUGUGACCAGUGCGAAUAUUCUGCUGCACAGAAAGGCCAUUUAGACGACCACAUGGCUAAACACACCGGAGAAAAGCCCUACAUGUGUGGAGAGUGCGGAUACAGAACUGCUCGCAAGUCUGACCUAUCUCGACAUAUGAUGAAACAUACAGGCGAGAAACGUUACAAGUGUGACCAAUGCGAUUAUUCUGUCUCAGAUAAAAGGUAUUUAAAGAAACACAUGCAUGGUCACGCACGUAUCUUGAACAACAACAGUUUGUCGUCUCCAUAAACAAGUUCGUUAGGCCUGCACAUGGUCAAACAGACCGCUGAGAAACCCUUAAUAUGAGUGGAGUGCGGGACACAGGGAUGCGGAACUUACAUUAAGCGGCAUCUAGAGACUGCACGGCCGUCUAUCAACGUGUAUUGCCGUUUCCUUUUCGUUCAGAUCCUCUCUGCACACAUCUCUUAAUCUAGACUUUGAUGUAUGUAGUUGCUGUUUUGAACAGAGAUAGCGCAUGCCUCAUUCUUUCGGAAACGGCACUUUACUGUUGUAAUAACGAAUAGCUGCUGAUAGUCUAGAUGGUAGUGCUACCUUAACUAGGUGAAUGCCACUAUAACGCUGCAGUCAUUGACUUGAUGCCGAUUUUUCAUAUAUCAUGUAAAACGUUCUUAGAUUAUCUUCAUUCCGUGUAUUGUAAGUAGUGAUAGCAUUACUAGUAGUAGUAUAUUAUGAUAAUUUACAUGAUUUAUAUGAUCUACAUCUACAACAUAUUAAAAAUAGAUAAAGUAAAA